UUUAAUUGACUUUAGUGCCUAUCAAAUGUCAAUGUCAAUAAACUAUAUGUCUAAAAAUAAAAAGAAUAAAAAUAUUGAAUUAAAUGUUUUGGCGCAUAAAAAUUAAGGUUUAACAAAGUAAUUUAAUCUACUAUUUAAAUGAUAACAUUAUGUCAUGAUGACUGAGUAAGUAAUAAGUGAAGUGAAAGUUACAUCAUUUUUCAAAGAAAAUGGGUAAAACAAGCAAAGUUGUUGUAUGUGGCAUGAAGGGAGUCGGUAAAACAGCUAUCCUAGAGCAGUUAAUUUACGGCAAUGUAAAUUUGAAAUCAUGUUUUUAUCCCACGAUCGAAGACAUUUAUGUGGCGAACAUCGAAACAGAUCGCGGCCCGAAAGAACGCGUCUGUUUCUACGACACAGCGGGCUUGGAGCCUCCGCUUACAGAAAAAAUACACGGCAGUUAAUCAAAUAUUCGACACAUCAACUUAAUUGUGUACCUGAUCAUGAUAACUGUAAUCGUCCUCCGCAAUCUCCUACAAUGCAGCUAACGGCCAACCAAGUGCUCCAACGACACUAUCUCGGUUUCUCAGAAGGUUUUGUCAUGGUGUAUGAUACAGCGCGACCAGAAUCGCUGGAUGUACUCAUGUAUUUAAAGAAGGACAUAGACAGGAACAAAGAUAAGAAAGAGGUAGUAAUACUAGUGAUCGGUAAUAGAACCGGACCAGAUGAUCCGAACAGCCUCGAGAACACAUGCUCCAAAGCCUCGAAUUGGUGUGCACGCGAGAAGGUCAGACAUUUUGAGGUGAACGCAAUGGAUCGUCCGUCCCUAUAUGAACCAUUCAUCUUCAUGACCUCGAAAUUGAACCCGGUACAAAAUAAGACGACCUUCCCGCAACUAAGCACGUUGAGUAAGCUCACCCAGAAGAACAAUAAAAGUGAAGCCAUGUAACGGUACUUUUUCAAUCUAUGCCCUUUCUGCUAUCAGCCUUAAUAGGCAUUAUAGGUAUUUUUAAUGUUUACAUUGCAAUAGUUAAAUAAAGAGUGUUACUCAAUGUAGAGACAAAUUGAAACCGAUUAUAAUUGUGAUAUCAGACUUGAUAAAUCAUAUCGAGGGGUGAAGGGCUAUCUAGGUUAAACCGACAUUUUUGUUACUUUACACGAGAACAAUUUAAAGUUUAUAAAUUAGGAAAUAAUAUCAUAAAAUAAAUAAACAAAGAAGAAACAAAAAGAAAUAAACUUCUUCCAUUAUUUGAAUAGAGUAAACUUAAUAGAAGUUCAAUUAAAAACAUCGGACUGUUGAUGCUAAUACCAAAUAAAACGCAUCUUUAAUUAUAAAGAUAAAUGUCGCGUACUAAGCGAAAUGUCGCGUUUUAAGCGAAGUGUCGUUUAAACCAAAUAGCCUUUCACCCCUCGAUACAUAUUUAUAUUUAACUGAAACAUAUAAAAUUUUAUGAUGUCAAAAUAUUUGUUAAGGGCAAAGCCCUAACACCCCCCUCCUCUCAAUUAUGUACCUGAAUAUUUCACGCUUAUAUUCAAAAACAUCAUUUCAAAUUACUAUCCUAGAUAGAAUUUCAUUGAUCUCAUUAUAUAGAAACAAAUCUAUGAAUUUAAAACUUUUUAUGUCAUACAAAAUGAAAUUUAACUUUUGAAUUUUUCAAAGAUAAUGAAAUAUGCAUGUUAUGAUAUUAAUUUAAAAUAAAUAAACCAAUGCUUUAUAUUUUAGUUUUAAGUAUCAAGUUAUCAAGUUAAUCAUGAAGCUUUUAGAUAAUAAUAUAUUUUUAAUUGCAUUAUUGUGGUAAAACAAUGAGAAUAACACAUUUUAAAAUUUUAAAAAACACCUAAAAAGUCUUAUUUUAUUGACACUUCGACGGAUCGCGCGAUAGGCACAAGUUAUUAAAAUAGUAGUAUAUAAAAACAAAAUCGCGUUAAUGACCGCCUCUGUCUUCCUAAAUAAAUCCAAAUAAUUAAUUGUAAAGUUAUGUUUUACACCAAAGGAGAAACCCCAUUUUGGGCCUAAGCGUUACACGAAUGGGAUAUGUACCAAAAAAUUCGUCUAUUUUGCUUGAUUAACCUAUUGAAAUCUUAGCUUCAUUGACAAUGGCCAAGUGUAGAAAAUAAGUUGAAUUCAAUUUUUUGUUUUAAACAAUCUUUGUAAACAUCUGCAACACUUAUUUCAAUAUACGUAACUAGCUCCACAAACGUGCGGAUUAGAAUUAGAGCAUCCAUAAAAUAGGAUCGAUUUAGUGGAAUUCGAGUGUAAAAAAUAAUUAAUACUCUUUUGCUUUAGGAUAAAUGACUGUUUUUAUAGGUAUUUUAAUCAAUGUAAAUAGAGUAUGGCCAUCGAAUCGUGACACAACUACUUACAAUGGCGGCAAUUCAAAAUAUCUACAACUGACAACAUUAAAUAUAGCAUAAAAGAGUAGUUUUGCAUUUUUAUAUUAAUGUGACUAUGCCAUAGAAAAACACUAAUGUAUCAAAUCGUGUUAUGUUAACUUUAACGUUGCCAACUGAAGAUAUUUUGGAUUGCCGCUAUUUAGUUGUGCCAUGAUUCGCUAGCCAGACUAUAAACUUAAUCUCAUUGAAUAACGUAACGUAAAACACCAAAAUCUACUAACAAAAACAUUAAAAGAAAUAAAUAACUGUGCCAUUUAGUUAUGACACGAAAUCAUGUCGGCAACUGCGGCAAUUCAAAAUAUUUUCAACUGGCAAUCUUAAAUAUAACAUGAAAAAGUCGAUUUGGUACUUUGAGUUUUUCUAUGGUGUAGUUACAUUAAUAAUUUUACUGGUGGUAGGAUCUCUUGUGAGUCCGCUCCUCCCGCCCGCCUAUUUUUGCCGUAAAGCAGUAAUGCGUUUCGGUUUGAAGGGCGGGGCAGCCGUUGUAACUAUAGAACUUAUAUCUCAAGGUGGGUGGCGCAUUUACGUCGUAGAUGUCUAUGAGCUCCAGUAACCACUUAACAUCAGGUGGGCUGUGAGCUCGUCGAUGGGUGUCUGAGCAAUAAAAAAUAAAAAUAAAAAAGGCAUGAAAUAAAAUGAAAUGAAAUGUGAUGAGAUAAUAUGGAAGCACGUAAUGAUUUAUAUUUUAUAUAAAAAAGAUAACAUAUAAAUAUAGUUUUUCAUAUAAAAAAGUUUUCAUUAAAAUUAAAAUAAGACUGACCUAAAGGUCUUAGUUACCAGGUCAUAAAAUCCCUGAAAAAAAUCAUUUCGUGCGCAGCGCGUUUCGCAUUACGUUGUUUUUAAUUUUUGGCUUUCGUUCGUUUUCGUAAACAACCUAACGCGCAAUUUCUCGUAACAGGUUCCAUUUUUAUUUUAAAGCAACCUGUUGCUGCAACAGGUUUCGUAAAAAAUUACUCAUCUUUAGUAGGAAACAGCCUCAAAAAUAUCUUUUUUAUUAAAAUAUCUCGAACAAUAAACAUAACCUAAAAUGUAAACAUUGUCUGAUUUUACCAAUUUGGCCAUUGCUGGGAGACCUGAAAAUUGGGCUCAUGAAACCUUCUUAGGCAUUGUAACUUAUGCCCAAAUUCUAGGACUGUAACGCCAGGCCCAAGUUUGUAUGGAUUUCGGGUUUGUCCUUUAAAAGAUACUUUUGGCGGCCAUUUUGACGUUGCGAUUAAAUAUGCAAAUGGCGGACGAAAAACGCGGUAUAUAUUUUUUAUCAAUAAUUAAUUAUAUAAUAUUGUUAAUUUAAUAUAUAAUCCGCCCUGUUUUAUUUAUUAAUUUCGUCAUCGAACAUUUCGCCGUAAAAAUAAAAAUUAAAGGGGGCAUAGAUUAGACUAAUAAAAACGUGACUUAACUUCAAGUACUUAAGAUUUAAUCUCGAUUAUUAAAUAAAUGAUAAGUGCAAUAUUUAUCUUUUAAGAAGUUAUUAAGGUGCUUGAAAAAAAAAAGCUUGUGAAUACAAUAAAAAUCGUGAUACUUUGUGCUUUGAUGUCUUACACGUCUUCACACGUUUAUUGUAUAAAAACAGUAUUUGAGUCGUCUAUUAUCAAAGGUGGCAAUCUGUACAUUUGGACAAAAAUUUUUUAUUUAUAUGUCAAUACAGAUUUAUUUGAAUAUAAUCGUCUCCUUCAAAGAAUACGGUUCAAAACCUGCAUUAAAUAAAGAUUAAUAGUUAACCUGUUAUUUAUCUAAGAUGUCGUUCCGAAGAGUUUUGUGACUGCCUAUGGAGUACAAAGUCAAUAAUUCGUUUUUCUGAUUUACCAAUCAUUGUCCAAAAGUCAGAUUGCCGGCUUUGAUAAUAGUCGACUCAUUUACAGUAUUUUUAAUUUUGUAUUACAUGACCAACAAUAGCUUCACAGCUCGUGUUUAGAUCGCCAACAAAAAUAAUAGACUCUAAAUUUGUUUAAAAAAAAAAUGUCAAUAAUUAUGAUAUUUCGAAAUUUUUAAUAGACCAAAAGUUUAAGAAAUUCAAAAAGGGACGCACAUAAAAUGUAUCGAUAUCGGAACCUGCGGUCUCCACACAGAUGGCAAUGCAAACGCAUUGGUUCAAUUUGCAUUUGGCUGCCAACUAACAGCCACAAUGUAAAACAUAGAAUUUUGCUUUGUAAAAUUAAUCUCAGCACUUAGUAAUGUCAGUCGUGUUAUUAUAUACCUAGUUAAUACUUAAUAAUGCGAUAUUAAAUGAAGUCUUCGUGGCCUAUAGGAUAAGACGCCCGGGGUACACUUAUUGAGCGAUUACAUGUACCUGUGUUCGAAUCCCGCAGACUGAUGCUAUUAAAAAAAUAAUGAAAUACGUAUAUUUAACACAAGCUCACGAACAAAACUCAGCUGAUAAACGAUUUUUUUUUUAUCAGUCACAGCAACUAUUUUGCAUAUUACUUACUAGUGGCAUUAUUCAUCAUUAUCAAAUGCCAAUUUCUGCCGCGCUGUAUUCGUAUUUACCGGAAAUGAGACUUCGAACUCACGUCUCAAGGCGUGAGGUUCGUGAUAUCGAUAUGCUUCGGUGGUCACUGGCGUAACAAAGUGGGCUACGAGCUCGUUGUCAUAAAUGCAAAAUAAUAAAAAAAUGUGUCUAAAGUCGGAUUGCGGACGAUAGUUUUACGUGAUAAUGUCAGUCAUUGUCAGUGGCAGAACUAUUCGAACUGCCAGCUCUGACGUCACGUGAAAAGAGAGAUAUAAAUGUGUCACAAGCCAAUGUUUGGGCCGAUCGAGCUUCUAUUGCUUGUUCCGCGCUCUCGCUUGCACGCUCAGACUCAGGCGGAACGUGACACUUUUUUGUGCGUGCAGCCGGUGUUCGUAGUCUUGAGGUUAUCACGUUAAAAGCAAAUCGUCGUUGUCAAACUAAAAUCUACUAUGUGCACUUUACUUUUUGAUCUCUUCGUAUAGUUCACAGCCCUAUCUACAGUAUAAAAAAAACUGUUAUGUGUCUAUAGCUUUCAUAUUUAUCUAUAGCUUUCAUUUGAUAUAACAGUUUUUAAAAAUUCACCUUCAUAUAAAAUUUUAUAUGAAAAUGUUUUUACUCGUCAAUUGAAAAUAGAGUUUUUGAACAUAGCAGAAUUUGGUUUGACAGCGACGAAAUACUAAAAUCGCGGACUAACUGACACUUGACAGCCUCAAAUAGGGCCACAGAUUACCGGUACUAAAUUUAUAUCCAGUUAAUACCAUAGAAUCUCUUUGAAUAUUAUGACAAUUUUAUUUAGUAUCUUAAGUAUAAAUUAUGUAGUGAAUUAUUUUUUUGUGGUAAUGUUCGUCGAAUAAAUGUUAUGAAAUAGC